CCCUUACAAAAAUCUACUGAGUUUCACUCACUCAAACUCAGUUCACUCAAUAUCCAGCUUCUCAAUCAUCUCUCCCCUUAAACCCUUUCUUCAUAAAAAUGCAAAAAUCUUUAGGGUUUUAGCUCUCCAUUGUUUUCGUAACCUAAGAUACACCAGAUUCGAUUUGGGUUUUAGGGAGGUUUAUCACUUACUUUCACGCCACUCAACCCCCACCCCCCAAACGAAAAUGGCUGCUUCCACUGCUCUCUCUCUUUGUCCGUACAUACUCUCUCGCCGGCCAACCCCAAGAAAGCGUCUCUUUUCUUGCUUCGUCGGCUCCACUACUCCUAUAGGUACACGAAGAACUAACGUACCGCGUAGAAGUUCAGGAAGAUUGGAUGGGGCUAGAAAAAGUAUGGAAGACUCUGUCCAACGCAAGAUGGAGCAGUUCUAUGAAGGGACUGCUGGACCACCUCUUCGGGUUCUUCCAAUUGGUGGUUUGGGUGAAAUUGGAAUGAAUUGCAUGCUUGUUGGUAAUUAUGAUCGCUAUAUUCUAAUUGAUGCUGGUGUGAUGUUUCCAGACUAUGAUGAGCUUGGAGUCCAAAAGAUUACACCUGAUACAACAUUUAUUAAGAAAUGGAGCCACAAAAUUGAAGCAGUAGUGAUAACACAUGGCCAUGAAGAUCACAUUGGUGCAUUGCCUUGGUUUCCUUGUCUAUGUGAGCAGGUUAUCCCAGCAUUGGAUCCUCACACUCCAAUAUAUGCUUCAUCCUUUACCAUGGAGCUGAUCAAAAAGCGUCUGAAGGAGAAUGGGAUUUUUGUCCCAUCUAGGCUUAAGGUAUUUAAAAUGAGAAAGAGAUUUACGGCCGGGCCAUUUGAAAUAGAGCCUCUCAGGGUGACACAUUCUAUUCCCGACUGUUGUGGAUUAGUUCUUCGCUGUGCUGAUGGUACAAUUCUUCACACUGGGGACUGGAAGAUUGAUGAAUCACCAUUGGAUGGGAAUAUUUUCGACCGGCAGUUUCUAGAGGAUCUGUCAAAGGAAGGAGUAACACUGAUGAUGAGUGACUCUACUAAUGUAUUGUCACCCGGAAGGACAACUAGUGAGCGUGUAGUAGCAGAUGCAUUGUUGAGGCAUAUAUCAAAUGCUAAAGGAAGGAUUAUUACUACCCAGUUUGCAUCAAACAUACACCGACUUGGAAGUGUAAAAGCUGCUGCAGAUUUAACUGGUAGAAAGCUGGUAUUUGUUGGCAUGUCAUUAAGGACUUAUCUAGAUGCAGCUUGGAAGGAUGGAAAAGCACCAAUUGAUCCAUCAACUCUGGUGAAAGCAGAAGAUAUUGAUGCCUAUGCUCCGAAGGAUUUAAUAAUUGUCACAACUGGAUCCCAAGCAGAGCCACGGGCAGCCUUGAAUCUUGCAUCCUAUGGAAGUAGUCAUUCUUUCAAACUGAACAAGGAAGAUGUGAUUCUCUAUUCAGCUAAGGUAAUCCCUGGUAAUGAAUCUCGGGUAAUGAAGAUGCUAAACCGUAUAUCAGAGAUUGGAUCAACUAUAGUGAUGGGUAGGAAUGAGGGGCUACACACUUCUGGUCAUGGCUAUCGUGGAGAGCUGGAGGAAGUACUUAAAAUUGUGAAGCCGCAGCAUUUUUUACCUAUACAUGGAGAGCUCGUGUUCUUGAAAGAGCAUGAGCUACUUGGGAAAUCAACCGGCGUUCGACACACCACUGUUAUAAAGAAUGGAGAGAUGCUUGGGGUUUCUCAUUUGAGGAAUAGAAAAGUUCUGUCUAAUGGCUUUAGUUCCCUUGGGAAGGAGAAUUUACAGUUAAUGUACAGUGAUGGUGAUAAGGCAUUUGGCACAUCAACUGAACUUUGUAUUGAUGAGAGACUAAGAAUUGCAUCUGAUGGCAUUAUAGUGGUCAGCAUGGAAAUUUUACGCCCCCAAAAGAUUGAUGGCAUAAUUGAGAAUAGCUUAAAAGGGAAGAUAAGAAUCACUACACGCUGCUUAUGGCUAGACAAGGGCAAGCUUUUAGAUGCACUCCAUAAAGCUGCUCAUGCUGCACUGUCGAGCUGUCCUGUGAAUUGCCCCCUAGCUCACAUGGAAAGAACUGUUUCUGAGGUAUUGAGGAAGAUGGUAAGGAAGUACAGUGGUAAGAGGCCUGAAGUCAUUGCGAUUGCAUUGGAGAACCCUGCAGGAGUUCUCUCUGAUGAGCUAAAUGAAAAGCUAUCUGGCAACUCCAAUGUUGGUUUUGGGAUACCGGCAGUGAGAAAAGUAAUGGAUGGACAUCCAAAAAGGAGAGAACCAAACAAGAUAAAAGCAGAAAAUGACAGUAAUCUGCAUAUAGAGAAUACUUCAGAACAAAAUUUGAUAGUUGGCAAUGAUGUUGAAACGUUCUUACCCGAGGAAGUGACCACUAGUUCAAGUCCUGACCAUGCAGAAAGGCAUACACGCAGUACUGAGGAUUCUGAUGAAUUCUGGAAACCAUUCAUCAAAUCAUCUUCACCUAUUGACAAUUUGGAAAAUGAUAACAAUGGGUUUAUCCCAAUAGAGGAACAUAAGUCAGAACUUAAGAGUGAUGAUGCCACAAGCAGUGGAGAUGUCUCAGAACUGCUCAGCUCUCAACUGAAGUCGUCAAAGCCUGCCAAACGGAACAAAUGGACAUCUGAAGAGGUCAAGAAGCUAAUUAAAAUGCGGGGGGAAUUACAUAGCCGAUUUCAGGUUUUGAAAGGGAGAAUGGCCCUUUGGGAAGAAAUAUCUGCUAGCCUGUUGGCUGAUGGAAUUAGUCGAAGCCCUGUGCAGUGUAAAUCCAGAUGGGCAUCUCUGGUUCAGAAAUAUGAGGAAAUCAGGAGUGAGAAGAAAAGCCAUAAAGAUUGGCCCUAUUUUGAGGAAAUGAAUAAAAUUUUAUCUGAUGAUUUUGAGGCAGCAGCUACAUAAUGAUUAAAUCAUUGGAUUUGGAGGAGGUAAACAUGGAAUUUUACAAAUACAGCUUAGGCAAAUGACAAGGUUCAUAUUUCAUGCCAUAGCAUGUUCAUGUGUUCAUGAUGGAUAUGGCAAAAUGGGACAAAUCAAAGAUAUCAUAGGGGCCACCAAUGGCGAAAUGAUUUUGUAGCAUUAGAAACUUAUGUAAAUUACAAGUUAUAUGGGCCACUUGGGGUUACUUUUUUUGGAAUUUACAGCAAUGGGGUUGUUUUCUUUUAUAUAUUUCUUAUGCCCCCAUCAUACAUUUGAAGAAAUUAAUUUUUGUACCUUAUGAUGAUUCUAAUUGAAUUUGAGUAAAAUGACAUAUCUUUUCCCUUUUUC